UUCUUUUUGUGUAAAGGCGACACACGAAGGUGGGUGAUCUUUCCCUCCUCUGCUUACCAGUUGCUCGGUUCCUCGACGAGGGAAGGAAAAUCCAAUCCCUCCUCGUGAGAUUCGCGUUCGUGAACGAAACCAGAUCGCAACCAGUUCCAGUUCCAACAGCUAUAGCCAUAGCUUCAAUCUUCUCCUCAAUCACCACUCAUCACAGAUCAGAAUUUCAGAAUUGUGAAUUCGGAUCCAAUCAACAAUGUUCAAAUUCCUGAAAGAAGUGGUCGGUGGAUCUGGAACCGGCGUCAAGGAUCUCCCUUACACCAUUGGCGAACCUUACCCUUCUGCUUGGGGCUCUUGGCUUCAUCACCGUGGCACCUCCAAGGAUGAUGGGUCACCGGUGUCGAUUUUUUCUCUAUCUGGGAGCAAUGCUCAGGAUGGGCAUUUAGCUGCGGGUCGUAACGGUGUUAAGCGUCUGCGAACUGUUAGGCAUCCGAAUAUUUUGUCAUUUCUUCAUAGUACCGAGAUUGAGACUCACGAUGGUGGUUCUUUGAAGGUCACGAUUUAUAUUGUGACUGAGCCUGUGAUGCCGCUGUCUGAUAAGAUUAAGGAGUUAGGUCUUGAAGGGACUCAAAGGGAUGAAUAUUAUGCUUGGGGACUGCAUCAAAUCGCGAAAGCUGUGAGCUUCUUAAACAAUGAUUGUAAACUUGUUCACGGUAAUGUUUGCUUGGAUAGUGUUGUCGUCACGCAAACUUUGGACUGGAAGCUCCAUGCGUUUGAUGUUCUGUCAGAGUUUGAUGGGAGUAAUGAUGGUUCCGCUGGGCAGAUGCUGCAAUAUGCAUGGCUCAUUGGAUCACAGUACAAAUCAAUGGAGCUGGCAAAAUCUGACUGGGCUGCAAUUAAGAAGUCUCCUCCAUGGUCCAUUGAUUCUUGGGGCAUGGGUUGUCUAAUCUAUGAGCUAUUCUCUGGCGUGAAGUUGAGCAAAACAGAGGAGUUACGCAACACUGGCUCCAUUCCUAAGUCUCUGCUUCCAGAUUACCAGCGGCUGCUGAGUUCCAUGCCUUCUCGCCGAUUAAAUACAUCAAAGCUUAUAGAAAAUAGUGAGUAUUUUCAAAAUAAGUUGGUAGACACAAUACAUUUCAUGGAAAUUCUCAGUUUGAAAGAUAGUGUUGAGAAGGAUACCUUCUUCCGCAAGCUUCCAAAUUUAGCAGAGCAGCUUCCUCGUCCGAUUGUGUUGAAGAAGUUACUUCCUUUAUUAGCUUCUGCCCUUGAAUUUGGUUCAGCUGCUGCCCCCGCUUUGACUGCAUUGUUGAAAAUGGGCUCCUGGCUUUCAGCUGACGAGUUUCGUGUCAAGGUGCUUCCAACAAUUAUUAAACUCUUUGCCUCCAAUGACCGAGCUAUUCGAGUUAGCCUUCUUCAACAUAUUGAUCAAUUUGGAGAGUCAUUGUCUGUCCAAGUUGUUGACGAGCAGGUCUACCCUCAUGUUGCUACUGGUUUCUCCGAUACAUCUGCUUUUCUGAGGGAACUUACUCUCAAGUCCAUGUUAAUUCUGGCUCCGAAGCUGUCUCAAAGGACCAUUUCAGGAUCAUUACUAAAGCAUCUGUCUAAGUUACAGGUUGAUGAAGAAGCAGCAAUAAGAACAAAUACUACCAUCUUAUUAGGAAAUAUUGCAAGCCACUUAAAUGAAGGGACAAGAAAGAGAGUAUUGAUUAAUGCAUUUACAGUCCGUGCUCUGCGUGAUACUUUUCCACCUGCUAGAGGAGCAGGGAUUAUGGCUUUAUGUGCCACCAGUUCUUACUAUGACAUCACUGAAAUUGCUACACGAAUUCUUCCUAAUGUUGUUGUACUCACAAUUGAUCCUGACAGUGAUGUUCGUUCUAAGGCAUUUCAAGCUGUUGAUCAGUUUCUGCAGAUGGCGAAGCAAUAUUAUGAAAAGACAAAUACAGCUGAGGCAACUGGGGGGGCAGGCAUGGGAAUGUCAUCAAUUCCAGGAAAUGCAAGUUUACUUGGAUGGGCUAUGAGCUCCUUGACCCUGAAGGGUAAACCUUCUGAUCAUGCUGCUCCUGUUGCUUCUAUGAGUUCUUCUGCUCUUACUCCAACAUCUUCGAAUGCCAGCUCAGGUAUUCUAGCUGUAGAAACUCCUUCAACAGCACCCGUCCGUGUAAGCUCCGCAACUGAUUUCGCUGAGCAACCUGUCCCUACGUCUCCUACGUCAACAGAUGGCUGGGGGGAACUAGAGAAUGGACUCGAUGGGCCUGAGAAUGACAAGGAUGGGUGGGAUGAUCUGGAACCACUUGAAGAAACAAAGCCAGCUCCAGCUCUUGCGAACAUUCAAGCAGCUCAAAGGCGGCCUGUAUCUCAACCUGUUUCGCAGUCAAAACAAGCCUCAAGUUUGAAAUCCAAAAACACGCCAAGGUUGAGCAAGGAUGAAGAUGAUGAUUUGUGGGGUGCCAUAGCAGCUCCUGCUCCAAAAACAUCUUUAAAUUUGAAAUCAACUACGACUGAGGAUGAUGAUCCCUGGGCUUCCAUUGCUGCUCCUGCACCCACUACCAGGGCCAAACCCUUAUCAGCUGGCAGAGGGAGGGGAGCCAAACCUGCUGCUCCGAAAUUAGGUGCUCAGCGGAUAAACCGGACGUCGUCAUCCGGAAUGUAAACAUAAUUGCCACUUGCCUGGGAACCAAAGGAACAAGGAAAUGUUGAAUCUGUACGUUGCCGUUUUCUUCUGGUGGCCGGUGAUCAUGUUGAAAUACAGGAGCUCAUCUAGUGCAGAAUUACUUUGGUGCUUUCUAUUGGUAUAUUUGAUUUGUAAUAUUCUUUUAAAUGGGAUUUUAUUUCAAGGAAAAUCUCAAGGGCAGCAAUAGUUGAAUUAUUGUAAGGCAACAAGGUGUUGGAAUUCGCUAUUUCGUUUUGGGGGGCAUGUUUUUUUUUAUUUGGUGUCCAACAUUUUAGAUGAAAUGUAAUUAGUUUCAUAUUUUGUUGUAGGAAAGGUUUUGGUUACAUUAUUUACUUGAUGUUUUCAAUCCUGAAUGGUUCCUAUAUUGUACACUUACAUGGUAUUUACUAUUUAA